AUGACUAUACCGCCUCUCUCACUUCCAGCUACCAAUGAUACACUGGUGAAGAUCUCGUCCCUCCAAGGUCUGGUGAUUUUGUUUUGCUACCCUCGAACUGGAGCGCCAGGCGAAACUAUCCCAGACUCUUGGAACUCCAUUCCUGGAGCUCGUGGCUGCACUCCACAAGCAUGUUCAUUUAGAGACACUCAGAGAGAAUUCAUGACCGCAGGUGUAAACAAGAUCUUUGGUCUGAGCACGCAAAGCUCGACUUAUCAACAAGAAGCCAAGACGAGAUUGCAUCUUCCAUUCGAAUUGCUCAGUGACGAGAAGCUGGACUUUGUCGAGGCAUUGAGCUUGCCGACUAUCGACUGGGAAGGCAAGAAGCUUACCAAGAGAAUUACCCUUGCCAUUGUAGAUGGCAAGGUUGUCAAGAUUUGGUAUCCUGUCUUUCCGCCAGACCAGAGUGCACAGCAAGUCUUGGAUUGGUUGGCACAAGAAAAGACUGGUGCACAGAAGUUUGGCGGCAAUCGUCGCUUAUCAGUCACCUAA